UCGGGCACUUCCUCUCAGCAGAGUGGCCAGAACUGGGAGCUACUUCAGUUCACUUUAUCCACCGGUCUGUGCCACAAACAGGGACUUCGCUGUGAAUCUACGGCCUCAUCAUGGAUUACUGGAGUGCCUUGGAGGUGUACUGGGAGAUGGUGCUGCUGUAUUUGGAGGAGGCACGUCGACAGGUGAACUCCGGCUGCAGUGAACUGGAGCCCUGGCAGAUCAUUGGAGCAACCGUCAUCACAACAAUAGGAGCCGUGUGGGUCAAAGGAUUCCUCUUCCAACAAGAAAGUCUAACGUCUCGAAUCAAGAAGCAAUGUUUUCGCCUCAUCAGAAAAAUACCAUUUGUCGGCAGUGCUAUCCAGAGUCAGUUGAACAAGGCGCUGGAUGACAUGUCAGAGAGUCUGUGCACACUUAAAGAGGGGAUGAGCUACACGCAGCAGCUGCCCUCUAAAGGCCUGUCCCAAAACCAGGUCCUGGACAAAAUCAAAGAAUACCAGACUCUGAAUGAGGUGCAGUGGGAGAAAGGCUGUGUGUCUGGGGCUGUUUACUGGGGCGACGAAACAUUAACCAAACUCCUCGUCAAGGUUUAUGGGGAUUUUGCGUGGAGUAACCCGCUGCACCCGGACAUCUUCCCGGGUGUUAGAAAGAUGGAGGCUGAAGUAGUGAGAAUGUCAUGCUCUCUGUUUCAUGGUGGACCCAGUUCCUGCGGCGCGGUGACCUCAGGGGGAACAGAGAGUAUACUGAUGGCCUGUAAAGCGUACAGAGACAUGGCCUAUGAACGAGGAGUCAAAUAUCCUGAAAUACUUGCACCUGUGAGCGUGCACGCAGCCUUCGACAAAGCAGCUCACUAUUUUGGGAUGAAGCUCGUUCACAUCCCCCUGGACAAGAAAACCAUGAAAGUCGAUGUGAAAGCCAUGAAACGAGCCAUCAACAAAAACACAGCGAUGCUUGUGUGCUCCGCUCCACAGUUUCCUCACGGCAUCAUCGACCCCGUAGAGGAAGUGGCCAAGCUGGCGGUGAGGUAUAGUCUGCCUCUGCAUGUGGACGCCUGUUUGGGAGGAUUUCUCAUCGUUUUUAUGGAAAAAGCUGGUUUCCCACUUGCACCUUUUGACUUCAGGGUGAAAGGUGUGACUAGUAUCUCUGCUGACACACACAAGUAUGGAUACGCCCCCAAAGGCUCCUCUGUGAUCCUGUACAGUGAUAAGAAGUACCGGCAGUACCAGUACUUCGUCGCCCCCGACUGGCAGGGAGGAAUCUAUGCCUCCCCCUCCAUCGCGGGGUCCAGGCCUGGAGGAAUCAUCGCCGCCUGUUGGGCCACGAUGAUGCACAUGGGCGAGAGUGGAUACGUCGACGCCACAAGGAAAAUCAUCACCACAGCUCGCAAAAUUACAAAAGAAAUCCGUAAGAUAAAGGGUGUGUUCGUGUUUGGAAAUCCAGAGGUGUCCGUGGUGGCUAUAGGUUCCGAUGUUUUCGAUAUUUUCCGUUUAUCAAAUGCACUGACGUCAAAGGGCUGGAACCUGAACACGCUCCAAUACCCAUCCAGUAUCCACAUUUGCUGCACAGUCCUGCACACUCAGCCUGGAGUCGCAGAUCACUUUGUUAAAGAUGUGAGAGAGGCAGUCGCUGUGAUCAUGAAGAACCCCAAUGAGAAGACCACAGGACUGGGAGCGAUAUACGGCAUGGCCCAGUCGAUUCCAGACCGGUCGAUGGUCACGGAAAUCUCUCGUGGUUUUCUGGACUGUCUCUACAGCACUGAGGUCCCAAAAACCAGCACUAGCCACAUGAACGGGAACGGGAAAGCCCACUGAAAACCCAAAUGUGAGCCACGAUUUGGGCUUUGAUCCACUGCAAACAGGGAAACCACGCUCGCCUUCCCCUGCUCUGAUGCCUUAUCUGAACUGAAAACAUCUGUAGACAAGCACAACCCAUCCACAGCCACGUUUUAAUUAUUACUCUGCAAAAACUGAAUAUCUUGAGUUAAAAAUCACAAUUAUUAUGUGCAAAAUACUUCAUAUUGUUUGAAAGAAAAUAUUUUUAUCAUUGUGGUAUCCAAUUCAGUAUUUAGUAUCUGGCUUUUUUUCCUUAGACACUACUUUUGACUGGUUUCAUUAGAUUUCUUUGUGAUUUUUUUAGACCCGUGAACGGCAGAGUCCUCAUAGGGCCCAUUACAUAAUAAAACUAGUGCUGCUGAUGCAUUGCUUUAAAAAUACUAAAUGGAUUUAAACAGCACGUUUUCAGGAGCCUGUGAUCAAUACGAUUGUUCAAGGUCCAGUUUAGGUUUUGAUUUUCGGCUAAGGUAAGAGUGACUGACUGAAAAACUGUAAUUUUAUAUGUGAGAAACUUGUUUAACAGCAUAAAUGUGCUCACCUGUUGCAGUUUCAGUCAAGUCAUUCUUGCUGGUGAGACUGUGUUAAAACAAAGCUCACAUUAAAGUCUAAUUUGAUUAACAAAGCUUCAGACAGCAGUGACAACUGUUAUCUUCACAACCCUGGGAAUCAGCUGCAAAUGAUCAAUAAUGAAUAUUUUUCUUAAGACGGUUUGAAACACUACCCUUAUUCAUCAGCUGGUUUCACUUCAUAGAAAGCGUCUGACCUCACAGUGUUAGAAUUCAUUCGCUCAACAGUAGGCGGGUACUUUUUUUAUUUAACCAGUCGCUGCUAUUUGGUCAUGACGUGUGUAAUGUGCUACUAACGGGGCUAACUGGUAUAUUAAGCUUUUCCCAAAUCCCGUAGGAAGAAGAGUAAUAUCGUCUUUCCCCUUUACAAAAUUCAGAAUGUAUGACUCUUCGCUGAUUGGCUGGUGCCCGAACUCACACUUUUGGGGGUUUUGCAAAUCGUCUAGUGUAUUUUUGAUUACUGACCUAGUUGCUGGAGAGAAAUGAAAUGGAGUGGAGGCACAAAGUGGCACCAGCCUGGCUCUUGAAACACAUUCAAACCAGUCAAAAUUAUUAAAUGUCCUAAAAUUUGGUCAUUAUAAAGUACAAUUAUUUAAUAUACACUUUUUAAAACUCAAGAUAUGUAGUUUUUUCUAAGUUUUAAAGAGAUUCACUUUUUCACUUUCACAAAUGAAUACUUUUAAGUUCUGUAACACAUAUUUUAAUUAAUAAUAAUGUGUUUUUUUGUUUGUUUUAAAACUCAAUUUCCAUGUAAACAUUUUCUCUGCUGAUUGCAUUGCUCAACCGUUCACUUUUUUAUGUCAUAACAUUUCAACAAACCACUGAAUCUUAAUACAAAUUGCUAUGCUGCCCUCUAGCUGUAGCCUUCUGCAAUGCAACUAUUAGGGCUUUGAUAAUGAAAGCAAUAUCUGAAAAAAAUAGCAUUAGUCUGUUGAAGCACUGCGAUGCCCUCGUCGAACAUAUCAGGUUCAUCUGCAAAUAACUUGAAAUUUCAUUGUCUUUUCAAAGCAUGAGCAUGUUUGUUUGGCACUUAGGAAAAAUUACAGUUGAAAAAUGUUUGUCUACAUUUGAAACAUGUAGAAGAAAAGAUUCAAAAAUGGGAGAUAUUAGUUUUAUUUUUAGUUUGAUGUCUCUAUUUGAGUUGUCCUUGUACCACUAAUCUCCUCUAACCCACAACCGUUUAUAUCAGAUACCUAAAUAAUUACCUGACCUAUCUGAGCUGUCAAUAACAUGGUUAACGUAAUUUAUUUUAAUGUUUAUCUUUAAGCCAAUGGGAAUAAGCACUGCGUCCCAACUUCAGAAACCACUGUCAGUUGAAUUAACUAAAUACAUUUAUUAACACUGAAAUAACUACGACGUCAAAACUUUAGGGUUGCUGCAGCUGCCUGUUGGGACUUUUUCCCAUCAAACGGUUAAAAGUUUUAUCUUUAUCUUUAACAUCCAAGCAAGUUAUGUUAAACAAGUGCAUUUAUUUUACUAAUGCCUUGAAAAUAAUGCAAAUCUCUAGUGUAAAAGAGACAAAAGCAGUGAAAAGCAGUGAGUUAAUUUGCCAAAACAAGUGUCAUGAAAAAAACAAAUGUCGAAUGCUCACAGUUUAGUCUGUUUAGCACUAUAUUUGCUCCUCUGACUAUAUUGUUAUCAAAAAGAUAUCUGUUUUUGCAAAUUAACUCAUAUAAUAUAUAAACACUACGCAUCAAGAGUUUGGACACACACUCUUAUUCAGUGUUUUUUAUUUUUACUACUUUCUACAGAUUAUAUACAUACAGAAGACAUCAAAUAUAUGAAGUAAAAUGGAAUUAUGUAGCGAAGAAAAGCUGAAUAACUCUUCUAGAUAUAUUUUAGAGUCAAAUCCUCAAAUUAGUCACCCUUUGUUUCAUCUUAAUUGUAUAUAUGUUGCUUCAUAUAUGUGAAGUUUGUAUCUAAAAUGUAGAAAGUAGUAUAAAUAAAUUAAAAAAAACACUGAAUGAAAGAUCCAAACUUUUUCCUGGUAGUGUUCAGACCUCCAGUAGUUGGGCGCAGCUGUAGUGGCGUGAGUGUCUUUAGACAUUAGAGAUUUUGUAACUUGAGGGCUAGAGGAAGCCAAAGCUUGAUUCACAAAAACAUUCAUUUUUAAGUUUGAUAUGUAAUCCAUGAUGACUGUUGGGACUAAUACUGUUUUAACAUAGAGCUAAAACACACUUUUAUAUCUUGUUUGUCUUUUAAUUCAAUCUACCUCAGUUUCUACGCAAUUCAAAUUUAACCCAUUACUAACCCACAUAGAUUUUUUUUUUUCUAUCAUGGACUGUACAACAUUGGGGCAUUUGUUUGAUACUGAUAAUGAGCGGUUUCACUGUGUUCUCAUCCACAGACUGAUGCAUUCAAGUCCUGUCUGUAAUUUUGAUAUUUUCAUAAUUUUGUUGUUGUUUGCUUUUGUGUAUCCCCUGAAUUAAUUUAUGUUUGUGCAAUAUGUAACUUUUCCAACAAGGAUUGCUCUACUUUUUGGAGAGAAAUAAGAUGGUUUUCUGUUAUCUAACCAUUUAUGUGACCACUGGGAGUUUUGUGUUUUGAGAGAUUAGUUGAAUGUAUUUUCAUCAUAUUUAAAUAUAUUCAGGUUUGCGUAACAUUGUCAGUGCCUGGUUAGACAUUUUUAACUAAUAAUUAGUUCAUACAAACUGUGCCCACGGUUUGGGUCAUGAAACUAAGCAAAAACAUUUUUAUCUUGAGUCAUGCUUGAAAGAAAUGUGUGUCAAUUCAAUGGCAAAAUCAUUUUUUAAAUAAAACCUUUAAUGCUAA